AAUGGUUCCCAAGGGAUUGAUUUUACUUCUGAGCGCCUGCUGCGUGUCCCUGGCAUCCGCCGGAUUUGGACUGGGAUUCGGUGGCGGUGGCCUUGGACUGGGAGGCAAUAGCGGUGGGUCCACCGCCCAGGGAAGUCUUCCUGGCUUGAGUCUGGGUGGAGGAUACAAUGGAGGAUCUAACCGUGGAUCAAUCGGGAUUGGAGGUCUAUCUGCCAGCGCAUCACAUAACACUGGAUCCUCAGGAUCUUCGAUCCUGCAUCAGGCUGCCAAUGGAUUGCUGGGAGCUGCAGGAACUGGAGCCAAUGUGAUACACUCUGCUGGAUCCUCUGCUGCAAAUCACGGAGCACAGGCUGCCAACGGAAUCCUGGGAGCGGCAGGAACUGGAGCUAAUGUAGUGCACUCCGCAGGAUCGACAGCUGCUUCUCAUGGAGCUCAAGCUGUUAACGGAGUCCUGGGAGCUGCGGAAACUGGAGCCAAUGUAGUACAUUCUGCAGGAUCCAGUGCAGCAUCUCACGGAGCUCAAGCUGCCAACGGAAUCUUGGGAGUGGCAGGAACUGGAGCCAACAUUGUGCACUCUGCAGGAUCGACAGUUGCAGAUCAUGUGGCCUCUGGAAGUACGGGAUCCGGCUCAGCUUUCCUGGGAGCCGGUCAUUUGAGCAUCGGAGCCACUGGAAAUAAGGACUCUGCUGCUCUCCACUCUGGUCAUUUGAGCAUUGGAUCUUCUGGCAACAGUGCCUCCAACGCUGGACACUUGACCAUUGGAUCCUCCGGAAUUACGGGUACCAGUACCCAUCAUUCCACCUCAGGUUCAGCGACUAUUGGAGCUGCCAACGCAGUACUGGGUGCCACUGGAACUGGAGCUGCAGGAUCGGCAGCUGCCUCCCAUGGAGCCCAAGUGGUCAACGGAGUACUUGGAGCUGCAGAAACUGGAGCUAAUGUUGUACAUUCCGCAGGAUCCACUGCUGCGAAUCACGGAGCACAGGCUGUUAGCGGAGUCGUGGGAGCUGGCGAAACUGGAGCUAAGGUUGUUCACUCUGCAGCAUCGACUGCUGCCUCCCAUGGAGCCCAAGUGGUCAACGGAGUUCUGGGAGCGGCAGGAACUGGAGCCAAUGUUGUACACUCUGCUGGAUCAACUGCUGCCAGCGGUGUUGUGGGCAGUUCGUCUACCCAUUCUGGUCACCUAAGCCUCGAUACCUCUGGAGCAUCCGGUUCCAACGCUGGACACUUGAGCAUCGGAUCGACCGGAAUUACGGGUUCCAAUUCUGGGUCAGCUUCGAGUGGUAGUGGUCAUUUGAGCAUAGGAUCUUCCGGUUCCAGUGCCAACUCUGCCAAAAUAACUUCCGGCCACGCAAGUAUUGGAUCAACGACUGGUUCUCAUUCACAGCAUACUGGAUCGACAUCUGGACAAGCCGGUUCUGCCAAGAUCACUGCUGGAAAUGCGAAAAUUGAAUCUUCUGGAAGUAAGGUGGAGGGUGCAUCAAACGCCGCCACUGACCACAUUAGUAUUGGAGCCACUACCGCAAUGAAAACUACCUCCACAUAUCAUAAAGCUGAGUCCUCAAAGGUCUCAUCUGGACAGCUGAAUAUUGGAUCCUCGGGAGCUACAGGUGCCGGCUCUGCAUCUCAGGGAUCAGGAUCUGCCGGACAUAUUAGCAUUGGUUCGUCCGAGUCUGGUUCCCAUGGUGUCGGAAAUUUGAACAUUAAAAGUUCGGAAACUACCUAUUCGUCGAAAACCGAGUCAUCAAAGAUCAGUGCUGGUCAUUCCCAUAUCAGCUCUGGAUCCGCUUCCAUCGGAGCCUCUGGAACUCACGCCGGAUCUGCCCAUAUCAAGACGGAACAAAAGAAAGUCGAGUCUGGAUCUUUGAAAGCCGGUUCAGCUGGACAUCUGAAUAUUCAUUCCUCUGGAUCAUCCCAAUCUGCCUCUCACGGAGCUGGACACUUGAGUAUUGGCACUUCUGGAUCCACUGGGUCCAGUUCAUCCAAGAUUUCUUCUGGCUCAGCAUCUCUUGGAGUUGGACACCUGAACAUUGGGGCCACUGGCGCAACUGACUCCAGCUCGAAGGGAUCCUCUGCCACUGGUUCAUCCGGGCAUCUGAGCAUCGGAACGUCCGGAAUUUCCGGAUCUACCGGUUCUGGAGCAGGAUCAUCCAAGAUCAGUGCCGGACAUUUGAGCAUCGGGUCCUCUGGAAAUACCGGCUCAAGCUCCAUAAGCAACGGUGCCAGUUCAGUUUCCCUUGGAUCGGGCGGAUUGUCCCUUGGUGCGAAUGGACACAAGUCCAACACCGCCGGAUCAGUUGGACUAACUGGCGCGCACGAGGCUGCAUCUCUGGCCCAUGGAGUCGCCAGUGGACUGCUAUCACCUGCUGCUGGCUCGGGAAGCCUUUCUCUUGGAGGCAACACAGCAGCCCUGGGAUCGAACGGAGGCUCUAGCUCCCUGUCCCUUGGUGGCACCAACUCUGGAGGCUAUCAUAGGGGAAGUGUCAGUCUUGGUGGAAAUGGUCUUAGCCUGGGAGGCAACCUCGGCGGAAACUCAGGAAGUACCGGACUUGGAUUUGGCGGCGGACACAUUGGUGGAUCGAUCAACCGCGGUGCAGGACUAUUCCUUGGCUAAUUUAAGAUAUAUUUACGCUUUCUUUUUAUAAAGUAUUCCAUAGUAUUGUAAAUUUAAUUUUGCAACAUUUAGAAAUUAUCAAGCCAGUUCAAUAAAGGCCAGUUAAUGUAAAAUUAAAUGUUAGCUAUAAUCCACAUAAGAGGUUUUAUCAAAAAUCUCAUCAAAAAUAAAACGAAGUUAAACCAAA